CAAAUACCCAAUGUUAUAAGGUUCAAUCAAAGGGUCGUAAGUUGAAGUGCCACUUCAAUGCAAUUGCUCUCCAACUUGUCCCAGUUCAUCUCUUCUCCUUGCCUCUCUUUCCCAAGCCAUGGCCACCAUUUUAUACAGCUUAUUCAAGCUACCACUCUUCUUAAUAUUGCCUUUUCUUCUUCCCUCUGCAAAUUCAGUUUCUUUCAAAAUAUCUCGCUUUGAGCCCCACGCGUCCAACAUACAAUGUCAUGGAGAAGCUGUACCUUCUGAUGGAGCAAUUGUGCUGAACAACCCCCAUACUGGUUUCACUGUUGGUUGGGCCACCUAUGCGGAGAGGGUGCCACUCUGGGACUCAAAUACUGGAAACAUCUCUGACUUCACAACUCAUUUCACCUUCAGUAUUGACACCCUUGGCAGAGAGGAUUCUAAUGAUGGGCUUGCAUUCUUCCUGGCUCCUGCUGGGAUUGAAAUCCCACCGAAUUCAAGAGGUGGAUAUCUAGGCCUAUUCAACAUCACAACCGCCCCGGAUUCAUCUCUGAACCAAAUUGUUUUUGUGGAGUUCGAUUCAGCCUCUAACCCGGAAUGGGAUCCUCCGUUUGAGCAUGUGGGGAUUAACAUCAACUCACUUGAAUCUGCCGUUUCCACACCUUGGAAUGCCAGCUUACACAGUGGAGACACUGCUGGUGUAUGGAUCUCCUACACUGCUUCUACCAAGAAUUUGAGCGUCUCUUGGUCCUACAAAAAGACUUCUAGUUCUCUGGAGGAUACAAGUCUUUCCCACCUUAUUGAUCUCUCCAAGGUUCUGCCUGAGUAUGUCACAAUUGGAUUUUCAGCUUCUGCUGCUGUACCUGCAGAAAAACAUACGCUUCUGUCAUGGGAAUUCAACUCAACUUUGGAUGUAAAAGAGAAAAGUGGAAAGAAAGCAAAAAAUAUAAGAUUAAUCGUGGGUCUGACUGGUGGUAUUUUGAUAGCUGGGUUGAUUGUUGCAUUUGCAAUAUUCUUGAGGCAUAAGCAAAAGAGAAGAGUCACAGCGCAAAAGAAAGGAAAAACAGAAGAGACGGUGAACUUAGCAUCGAUAAAUGGCGUCCUAGAAAGAGGAGUAGGGCCAAGAAGGUUCUCGUAUAACGAGCUCGUUUCAGCUACCUACAACUUCUCAAAUGAGAGAAAGUUGGGUGAGGGAGGGUUUGGUGCGGUUUACAAGGGGUAUUUAAUCAAUUUAGACAUACCAAUCGCUGUAAAGAAAAUUUCAAGAGGAUCUAAACAAGGGAAGAAAGAAUAUAUCACUGAGGUGAAGAUCAUUAGCCAGCUGAGGCACCGGAAUCUUGUGCAACUCAUAGGAUGGUGCCAUGACAAAGGUGAGUUCGUACUUGUCUACGAAUUUAUGCCAAAUGGUAGCCUUGAUUCUCACCUCUUUAGGAAGGGGAGUCCACUCCCUUGGGCAAUGAGAUACAAGAUAUCUCUUGGGUUGGCCUCCGCGUUGCUUUAUCUUCAUGAAGAGUGGGAGAAAUGUGUGGUGCAUCGGGAUAUCAAAUCUAGCAACAUCAUGCUAGACUCUAGUUUCAGUGUCAAGCUUGGUGACUUUGGGUUAGCUCGGCUUAUGGAUCACGAGCUAGGUCCUCAAACAACCGGAUUGGCCGGAACUUUAGGAUACAUGGCUCCAGAAUAUAUAAGUACGGGUAAGGCUAGUAAAGAGUCUGACAUAUACAGCUUUGGGGUGGUUACCUUAGAAAUUGCUACUGGAAGAAGGUCAGGUUAUCCUAUAGAAGAUAAUUUCGACGUAGGGUUGGUUCAAUGGGUUUGGAAUCUUUAUGGGAGAGGAGAUCUUCUUUUGGCUGUGGAUGGGAAGUUGCAAAAUGAUUUUGAUGAAAAACAGAUAGAAUGCUUGAUGAUUGUCGGACUUUGGUGUGCUCACCCUGAUCGAAAUCUCAGGCCCUCCAUUAGACAAGCAAUUAGCGUUCUUAAUUCGGAUGCAACAACACCAAAUCUUCCAACACAGAUGCCUGUUCCCAUAUAUCCUAUACGUAGAGCAUUAGUCAGUUCUGGUGGACAUUCCAUAACUACAAGCCUUCAUGAAGGUCGUUGACAUUAUUUCUUUGGUUUUAAAAAUUGCUUAAUUAUAUUGUCUAUUUGAUGCAGAGAGCAGAACCCCACCCAUGAGAGAGUCUUAGUUCGAGCACUAUUUCAAUAAUGUUUUAGUUUAUCUUUAUCUUUUAUUUGUUGCGAGUUGAAGUUUAUCUUUAUCAUUUAGUUUGACACCAGCUACGGUUCUAGUUUAUCUUAUAGUUAUCUUAUAGUUAGUUAUUCAUUCUCUUUUAUUUUAAUUCCACUAGAAUAUGUAGUUUAUAAAUAUUGAUGUAUUCCAUGGG